GUCGUCAAACCACCCUGGAGACCUCGGGAGCAUGGAGUCGUCAAAGCACGCUGGAAGUACCCAGUGUCCACGUGAUGCCACCGGCACCUGCGGCAACGGCGCCUGUGGCGCCUGCGGCUUCAACGGCUGCGGCCACGGUGGUCCCGGUCCCAGCAGCGUCGGAGAAGAGCGGUCCUGGGCUGAAGGUGCCAGGAGAAGACCCGCAUCUACACGAAGUGCUUCAGGUGAAGAAUACGUUCAUCCAGAUAGAUUCACAAGAUCAGAAGGAGAUCAGCCGAAGCCAUUCAGUGCCACAUUUUUGAUGCCCGCGAGCCGGACAAUGUGGGACAAAUGAGCGCCACGUGACAAACUCUGC